AUGAGCGUGAAAAAUGGAAGAAAAAGAAUGCUUUGGCUCUACAUGCAAUCCAACUUUCAUGUGGAUCAGCAAUACAUUUCUGCUCACUAUGUAUGGACUCAUUUGACUGAGAGGGAUUGGGCUCGGGUUCGACAACCAGCGCCAAGCUCAAAUCACGAUGAAGAGAGUCAUGUCGAAGAUAAUGGGUCGAGAAAGCACCUUGCUUACGAGCACUUAUACAAGGCAAUUGAAGAAGGUAAGUGGCAUUCUAUAGAAGAAAUCCUUCGGCAGAAUCAAGAUGCGAUUAGGGAAAUAGUUUCAUCACACAAAGAUACAGCUCUGCACAUUGCAAUUUUGUCUGGACACAUUGAAAUUGCAGAAAAACUUGUAAUCACGAUGGAUGCAGCUGACUUAAAACUGAAAAAUGAAUACGGAGCUACGGCCUUAUCUCUUGCUGCGAUCUGUGGUGCAAUGAAACUGGCCAAGGCAAUGAAAUCUUAUGCUGUUGUCGAUUCAGUUAACGUUUUCAUUACAUGCAAUACUGAUACAUCGGGAAUUCUGUUUUUCUUGACUGUUAGUGCAUAUAACAUAAAGCUUAAUCGAGCGGGUCUGGGAAUUGUGCAGGAGGAGCUAACUGAGGAGAAUUUUGAAAAUUGGAAAAAUUGCUUGAAAAAUUAUUUUGUUGGGAAUGGACUUUGGGGUGUUGUCUCUGGUAAGGAGACUAAACCAGAUAAGAAAAACAAACAAGAGCUUGAAAAAUGGAAGAAAAAAAAUGCUUUGGCUCUGCAUGCAAUUCAACUUUCAUGUAGAUCAGCAAUGUACUCUGAGUUUAAAGGACACAUUUCUGCUCACGAUGUAUGGGUUCAUUUGACUCAUGAGAGAGAUUGGGACGACGACGAAGAAAGUUAUGACAAAGACAAUGGGUCGAGCGAGAACCUUGAAUAUGGGCCAUUGUACAAGGCAAUUAAAGAAGGUAACUGGCAUGCUACUAAUGAAUUCUUUCAGCGGAACGAACUGUCAUUUAAUGCAAGAGUUUCAGCACACAAAGAGACAGCUCUGCACAUUGCAACUUUGUCUGGACAAACUGAAAUUGCAGAAAAACUUGUAAAAUCGAUGGAGCCACAAGACUUAGAACUGACAAAUGGUUAUGGAGCUACUGCCUUAUCUCUUGCAGCAAUCUGUGGCAAGAACAAACUGGCAGAAAAAAUGAUAAGUAAGAACAAAAAAUUAGUUACAAUAGUAACUAAAGGUCAUGAAGAUGGGCGUCUUCCUGUUAUUGUAGCUGCAUCGUAUGGACAAGAAAAAAUGGUUCGUUAUUUAUACAAAGUGACACCAAAAGAUGAGCUGAGUCCCGAAAAGGGUGAAAACGGAGUAACACUACUCACUCGCCUUAUUACUGCUGAAAUUUAUGAUGUUGCUUCUAUGCUAUUGAAAAAGUAUCCAAAGCUGGGUGUUACCCAAGAUCAAAGUGGCAAUUCCACUCUCAAAAUAUUGGUUCACAAGCCUUCAGCAUUUCUUAGUGGGACUGAGCUUACUUUCUGGGAAAGAUGGAUCUACCAUUGUAUAAGAGUACAUACACCUUGGGACAGUCAUCAUGGGUCCCAUGAAAAGGAGCAUGUAGAAAUGCAAACAUCAAAUACUAGUCAUGAUCACAACAUUCAAAUUUCUGAAUCAAGCGACGAAGAUGCACACGGUGGCCUAACUAUGACUACUCAAGUUCUAGAAUUGGGGUGCAAAUUAGGUUGGCGGAUAUUGAAAUUCCUCGCUCCAAGGAUCAAUUACAUACACGAGAGGAAGUUAGUCCAUGUUGAAGUUGCAAAUCUCCUAAUUGUCGUGUUUAAAGAAGUGCAUCGUCUGAACAAAUCAGAGCUCGACGAAAUGGACAUGGAUACAAUUAUAUAUGAUGCCAUAAAGCAUGGAAUUCAUGAAUUUAUAAAAGAAAUGAUUGAAUAUAAACCUGAAAUUAUAUGGAGAAGAGAUAAAAAGAGGAGAACAAUUUUUUCACACGCAAUUAUUUUGCGACAGGAGAAGAUUUAUAGCCUUAUAUUUGAUUUAGGAACAGAGAAGAGGAUAAUUACAAAGAAGCGUGAUAUUUUUAAGAACAAUCAUUUACAUCUUGCUGCAAAAUUAUCUCCUCCUUCUCAACUUGAGAAGGUAUCUGGAGCAGCCCUACAAAUGCAAAGGGAACUGCAAUGGUUUAAGGAAGUCGAGAGCAUAGUACAACCCAAACUUAAAGAGGAAAAAAAUGCGAUCAACAAAACGCCCAAAAUGUUAUUCAUUGAUGAACACGAGAAAUUAGUCAAAGUAGCAGAUGACUGGAUGAAAAGCACAGCAACAUCAUGCAUGAUAGUAGGCACUCUAAUUGCUGCUGUAAUGUUUACAACAGCUUUCACAGUACCAGGUGGUAAUAGAAAUGAGACAGGAUUGCCAACAAUGUUGGAAACUCAAAGAACUCCAUUCUUAAUUUUCAUGAUUUCAAAUGCCUUGUCGAUGUUCAGUUCGACUACGUCGCUCUUAAUGUUCUUAGGAAUUCUUACGGCGCGUUAUGCAGAAGAAGAUUUUCUCAAGUCCUUACCUAAGAAAUUAAUAAUUGGAUUGACGUGUCUGUUCUUUUCGAUUGUUACCAUGAUGGCAUCCUUUGGUUCUGCAUUGUAUUUGAUUCUGCAUGAGAAGUUGUCUUGGGUUACCAUUCCGAUCAUCAUCCUCUCAACAAUUCCGAUAGCAAUUUUCUCCAUCUUGCAGUUUCCUCUCUUGAUUGAGAUGACAAUUCGGACUUAUGUAGGUGGGAUAUUUGAUAAACCUAAGAAGAAAUCCUGUUUUGCUAAGUUUCGAGCUUAUGGUUGAAUAAAUAGUAUUUGAUACUAUUGAGGAAGAAAAAUAAUAUUAUCGGUCAUACUAUAUGGUACUACUGAAUAUGGUGCCCCAAAUGUGUUGUUUGUUCAUUUUGGUUUCUGUCAUUUUAAAUGUCGAUGUAUCCAUGGUGUUUUUUUUAAUAAGAAUUCAACUUGUUGAA